CAACCAUCACAAAUCCUAGCAGCCUUUCAUUUCAUUGAAGUAGAAGAAACGAAAGCUAGUUUUCUCGAGAAAAUCGAAUUAUCCUGGGAAAAUGUCGGGUCGUGGAAAGGGAGGCAAGGGAUUGGGCAAAGGAGGAGCCAAGCGUCACAGGAAGGUUCUGAGGGACAACAUCCAGGGAAUCACUAAGCCAGCGAUUCGGCGGUUGGCUCGUAGGGGUGGAGUCAAGCGUAUCAGUGGUCUGAUAUACGAGGAGACUCGUGGUGUCCUCAAGAUCUUCUUGGAGAAUGUCAUUCGAGACGCCGUCACUUACACCGAGCACGCUCGGAGGAAGACGGUGACCGCCAUGGACGUCGUCUACGCACUCAAGAGGCAGGGAAGGACACUUUACGGAUUCGGUGGUUAGGGUUUUCAGCUUUUCGAUUGCAAAACUAGUGAAAUACCAACGGGUUGUUUUUGUUUUUGGCUUUGUCCAGAAUCUGUCUGUAUUUUUUUAGCGAUUUCGAUGGCGUUAGUGGUUUGUGUAAUUAAUCGUUGCUCAAUGCUCGUAAUUCCGAAUUUCGUUCCGACAAGUUUAAUGGAAAUUUCUGAAACUGUGCUAUCCAAAGCAAUGUAUCUGUAAAUCCCCGAUAGAAUCGGACAAAGGACAAAUCUUUUGUGGCGGAGCCAUUUCAGUUCCAA